GACCACGACACAAGGUUUUUAGUCUCCGCGUUGAGGCAGAAAAAACAGUGGAUCAAUCCGUUUUUUUUUAGCUAAUAACGCGAACAAAUUGAUAAAGGAGACAAGUGUUUAUUUAUCGUACUGAAGAUUAGUAGAGGUAUUUCUUUAUUGUGUGGUUUUCUUGUGACAUCCGGGACCGGAAAAGACCCGUUUUCCCCCCGACAGCUGGUUUGUGGAUCCCCCACUACUUGCACUUGAAGUUGUGUGAGCCGGCUGAGAUGAGCGGUCCAGAGGUGGCCAAGACACCGGGAGGCGGAGCUCCGGGCAAAGAGGGGAAGGAGCCGGUGGCCAAUGGGCACGCAGGAGAGGGCAACGACGCCAACCCAUUCGCCGAGUACAUGUGGAUGGAGAACGAGGAGGAGUAUAACAGACAGGUGGAAGAGGAGCUGUUGGAGCAGGAAUUCUUAGAGCGCUGCUUCCAGGAAAUGCUGGAGGAGGAGGACCAGGAUUGGUUCAUCCCUUCGCGUGACCUCAACAACCAGGGGGUGGGGCAGCUGCAGCAGCAGCUCAACAGCCUGUCCGUCAGCGAUCACCACAGCAAUCUGGAGGAAGUGGCGAGGAAGAGCAUCUUGAAUCCCGAAGCGAAGGAGUUUGUCCCGGGGAAGAAAUACUAGGAGUCCCCCUCACCCCCAUGGAGCCUCCACGUGCACACAAACACACACACACCAGUCCUCACAUAUUCUCAGAGACUCUGGCGGCCACGACCGCGCACACACUGAUUCUCACACACACACGCAUGCACACACACAGACCUAUACACACUUGAAGUCAGUGGCGUGCUGGCAGGCCCAGUCGGGGGGUGGGGGGAUUUCUUUUUCUUUCUUUCUCUUUUCUUUAUGUUUCUUUAAUCUUUUUAUUUCCUGUUUGUUUCUUGUAAACUGAGGGACAUUGGGAACAGGGGUGGGGGAGGGGUGUAAUACCAGCACCGCCCUACUGCGGGCGCUAGCUCAUCAUUGCAUUUCAGAUGACGCUGUUGAUGUCUACAGAGUAUGCAGAUCUCAUUGAAGCCCCCUUUUGAACUGAGGCAGCUACCAAGGAGUGAUGCCAGGACAAAACUUAAAUCCAAAACAUCGAAUAAACUUAAAAUUACUUCACAUACUUGUUAAUUUGUUUGCUGUCAAAUUGGAACAACAUUGCGUAACAUUAAGUUGAGGGUUUCCAGGACAGAGAGGUUAGAGAGCGACUAAUAUUUCAGGGGACUUGAUGGGUGUCUGCCGCUGCUCUGUGGAGUCAUCGCGCUCAAUCAAACCCGUUAAGGUUAGCUCCUAUGAUGUCAUAAGCUCCCUGUGACAUCACAGCGCAUGUGCGUCUCGAGAUGCGGGUUGUUAUUUGUAUCCGCAGCGGCUCUGUUCCAAACCAAAUACAGACCCCACCCUCCCUGUACACGUGUGCGAUCAGUGAUCAGAACAUGGACAGGCGUAAUCAUGGAUGAAUUCUUAUUUUUCCCAAUUUAUGUGGAAGUCCAUGUUUAUCUUUAGUCCAGCUUAUAAGAACAGAGGUGUGAGUCGCCCAGUCAUACAUCAAGUUGAGUUCAGCAAGAAAAAUGUUAUAACAGAGGGAAGGUCAGAGCUUUUUGAACCUUUAAACACUCGGUUAUUUUCAUUUUUGUGUUCACAGUUUCAGUCUUUGUUUCAUUUUGGAUUCAUAACAUUUAUUGAACAACCUUGUUACAGGGGAGUGUUUGGUCUGGAACUCAGCCACUGCCUCUUUCUGCCGGAACAACUUGGUUUGUCCAGCAUCAGAUCAAGUGUCCAUAUCCAAAUCAGGUUUUCAAAUAGCCUCUCCUCCUCUUUUUUUCUUUUUUCUUCAUGUUUUUGAGGAUGAGGCGUUUUGUGUCUCUACUGGGUACAGUAGCCUGUGGUGUCCAUUCAGUCCUGUUUGUAGGAGGAAACCUGAGGAGACAGUAUUGUCACAGCCAGUCAGAAUAAAGCAGUAUGCGACACGUGGCCGACAGUAUGGCCUCCUUGCUGUUCUUCUCUUUGUAGGUUGACUUUUUUUGAGGAAGUUCUUCCCUUUAACCAUUGAUUUCUGUUGUGGUCUGGCUUUCCCUGAAGCAUCACCCCUUACUGCAAGUAUAAUCUCCAUUUUUAAGUUGUGCACCAAAAGGAAAAGGUUUUCAGGAAACCCAGAUUCUUAUUAACAGUUAAAUACAUUUUUCUUAUUCUCAGCCAGCUUGGCUUGAAAAUUUGGAGGCAGUAUUGACAAGAGGAAACAUCGUGUGAUCUGAACAUCAAUCCUCCUCAUGCCACUGUUCAUUCAUGGUAUUAACAGUGACGUGUAUCUUACUCUUAGGGUUAAGUAGACAAUUGUGCAUUUGUUACUUGCAUUUAGUAUCUAACAGGUGAAAGCACUUCUGUCCAUCCAAGCAGCUUUUUAGAAUUUUCACCCUAUCGAGUCAACUCAAGUGUGUUGUUAAACCGCAGCAGAGACCAUGAGUAUGUGGUUAAAAGGGAACUUCCUCACACAGUGUUGGACCACAGCUGUCAAAUGGCACCCUGGUGAAGCCAAUAGGAAUGUCCGCCAGGUGGAUUGUACAACAUGAAAUCAUUUUUGGUGAUUUUGUUUGAGUUAGAUGACAGAAGCCGUUUAAGAAAAAGAGGUCCAAAUGACACAGAGUAUGAAUUUCAAUACAAAUAAAAAUAAUGAAAAAAGACGAAUAAAGAUGUUAAAGACAAA